CACACACUAAUAACGUACACAAACACACGUCCCACCACACCAACUCUGUGGAGCGGUAGUUAGUAUUGCACCGUCAGUGCAGUUGCAGUGUGCAGGCUCUAUCUACAGGUAUAGAACUCUCGGAGAUGUCCAGGUUGGCGUUGGACGGUGACGCGGACGAACACGAGUUCGAGGACAAAACCAAGAUUCUGAGAGCAGUCGUGGGGCUCACGUCAGUCCUGUCCAUCGUGGGCUCACUCCUCAUCGUCCUCUCCUACGUCUGCUUCAGAGACCUCCGGAACAAGGCCCGGGAGAUCCUCGUGCACAUCUCUAUCAUGGACUUUGGCGUUGCGGUCAGCAAUUUGGCCGGCGUCGGCAUCAACUUCAACAACUACUACAGGGAGAGCUGUAACCGCACAGAGCACCGUCAUCAUCCCGAGCACCACGGGUACGAGGAGACAGGUGGGGAUGACCUCUGCCACGUUACCAACGCCAUCAGCGCCCUCUGCGUGGUGCAGGGUGGUUUUGCAUCUUUCUUCACCAUUGGCUCUAUCCUGUGGACCAUCUGUCUCUCUAUGUACCUCUACCUCCUCAUCAGUCAGAAGGACAAUAGGAGGGCCAAACUGUUUGUCAAUUUCGCCUACGUCUUCUGCUAUCUCAUGCCCCUUGGACUGAUAGUGUGGAUGGGUGCAACAAAGAAGAUUGGCUAUACGCCAUAUGAGAGUAGUGGUUGGUGCGGCACCAUCUUCAUACGGGCCAACAGAAGACGGGACAUAUUUGCAGCCACCGUCGGCUACAACUUGUGGAUAUUCCUCACGUUUGUACUGGUCCCAGUACUCUCCAUCUCUGCCCAUUUGCACAUCAAGGACGAGGUGAAAAACACGAUCCAUUCCAGUCGAUUCCUGUCGGCACUCCAGGUGGUGGACUUCAAGUUCCUCCUGGUUCCCGUCGUCUUCAUUCUCCUACGAUUCUGGUCCUUCUUUGGGGACAUGUGGUUUGUAUACACCAACCAUCAUAAACUGGAGCCACCUGUCCUGGCCAGGAUAUUCAUGUACCUAGAGGUACGUACACGAUAGCCAACAUGAUUGAAGGAUCUACUGGAAUUUACAACAACAUUAUUUAAUGUUCCGUGACUUAUGUCUGCAGAUGCUUUAUAAUCAUGCCUCAUAUAAUUUGGUAUGAUGUUAAAACUGAAGACUGUAAAGGAAAUGUUCUGACAGCCUGUAGAUCGCCUAAGAGCCACAGUAACAAUGCCUUUAGACAACCAACGACCCUCACUUUAGGAGCAUGUGUCAACAAGGCACACCCCCAAGUUGUCAACGAGGCACACCCCCAAGUGAGAGUGAUGGGUGCUAGAACUUGUGGCAUGACUAUAAUUGGCACAUGAAGGCUUCAAACAGCACUGCCAAGUCAUCCUUAUAUGGAAAGCUGACUUUUAGGACCUGAAUUGUGCUUUGUUUAGGUUACUUCCACUGGGGAGUCGUACUGAUUCAGAGAUUUGUUUGUCUCCAACAGGGGAUUGGUGACAGCGGCCAGGGCGUUGCCAAUGGGAUUCUGUUUGUUCUGUUCACCAAGAAGGCCCGGGAGAGGUUCAUCUGCUGCUGGAGGCACUGCAGGAGGAGAAAAUUAGGGGAUACCCCUGGGGAAACGACGAAUCUGAUGGACGCCAACCGACGGCAGAGGAUCAACUCGGCCAGCUACCUGGACAACACAUACACUCCCUCCUUCUCACCUCGAACCAGCCCCAGUCACUGACACUUUUAUGCUCAGUUUUCAAAACUUCAUGGUUUUUCAUUCUUGCUCUUGAUGUAUAUUAUAAUUAUUUGUAUGAUGACUGAGAGUAAGAUC